AUGUUUGCAUAUCCAAUUUCAGGUUCCAUCAGCAACAUCGAUGGGGCCGAGUAUCACUGUAACAAGACACAAGUGAGGAAGGUUAUAUCUGGAGUUGUAGGAGCUGCCUCCAGCGUCACUUCCAUUCAAGUUGCUAAUCUCCUACGCCUCUUCAAAAUACCUCAGGUUUCGUUCUUCUCUACGAGUCCCGAACUCAGUAACAAGCAGAGAUUCGAAUACUUCUCGAGGACAAUUCCAUCAGAUCAUUAUCAAGUCAAGGCUAUGGUAGACAUCGUUAAGAGGAUGGGCUGGAGCUACAUAUCAAUCAUCUAUGAGGAAUCAAAUUAUGGGAUCAAAGCUUUCGAAGAGCUGGAGGACUUGUUAGCUGAAUACAAUAUCUGUAUUGCCAUUAAAGAAAAAUUAGUGAAGGACUCGGGAGUCGCUAGAGAAUCUGCAUAUGACACCAUAGUGCAAAAGCUUUUGACGAAACCUAGAGCCAGAGGGUGCAUUAUUUUCGGUUCAGACCAGGAAGUGGCCGAGUUAAUGAAGGCAGUGCGGAGAUGCAAUGCAACCGGAGCAUUUUCAUGGAUAGGCUCCGACGGAUGGAGUGCCAGGUCAAUUGUGUCGCUGGGAAAUGAAGCAGAGGUAGAAGGAACCCUCUCCGUGCAACCACAAGCCAACCCUGUUAAAGGAUUUAAGGAAUAUUUUCUCUCCCUCAACGUUGAGAAUAAUCCAAGGAAUCCGUGGUUUGUUGAGUUUUGGGAACAUCACUUUCAGUGUAAAUACCCUAACAGCUCUAGGACCCCAUACAAUAUCAAAUACUCCAAAAUGUGCACCAGAAGAGAAAAACUCACAGAGCACAAUACAAUUUUUGAAGAUCAGCUGCAGUUCGUUUCUGAUGCUGUUUUGGCUUUUGCGUAUGCUAUAAGGGAUAUGCACAGGGAUCACUGUCACGGUAUACCGGGAUUAUGUGACGCCAUGAAACCUACUAAUGGCACCGAGCUUCUCAAGUAUCUUCGAAAAGUUGACUUCCAAGGUCUUAGCGGGGAUCAGUUCCACUUCGACAACAACGGAGACGGCCCUGCCCGCUACAACAUAAUUCACUUUAAGCAGAUGUCAAACGGCAAAUAUCAGUGGAUCCGUGUAGGAGAAUAUCUGGAGGGAGAGCUGAGACUGAAUAUGUCAGAGAUCCAAUUUAAAAUGGGACAUCCCAAGCCGCCCGAGUCGGUCUGCAGCCUGCCUUGUGAUAUGGGCCAGGCGAAAAAGUAUGUCGAGGGAGAGAGUUGCUGCUGGCACUGCUUCAACUGUACCCAAUACCAGGUAACUAAUUACCUACUUUAUUCCCAAAAAGAAUUAAUUACCUGUAAAAUGCUCUGGACAUGGUCCGGCAAAUUUAUAGGGCGAAAGGGCCGGGUUCUGCAUUGA